GCAUUGGCUGGCAGUGAUUUCAUGCUUCACAAUUUCAUACGCUGAUUGUAUCAAUGAAGUGAAUGGAUAUUUUGUGCCAGCAACCUGAUCAGAACUACGAUAGGCAAAAAAACAACAAAAAAAAUCAUAACUGCAAUCAUCUACCGUGAAGAACAGGCGUUCAUUCUUUACAUCGGGAAUUUUUAAUUUUUUUUUAUCGGAGCGACUUGCUGAAAAAUCCGAGUUUAUUCUCGUCCGUAACUUUACGAUGUGUCUACCCGUGGUCACUUUGUGAAUACGCAACGCCUCGCAGAUCUGGGCAGAUGCCAGCUAAAUCGUGUGUUUCAACAAUCAGGCUGCAUUUCCGUUUUUAAUAUUAAGUCUUUGAGCUAAGGGGGCUCUUUUAGUCUGAGCGACAAGAAGCCAGCAGCAGGUGCUUACCAGAGCCAGAGUGGCACUACGUUGUGGUUGCGGACCGAAGAGAGAGAUAUUGUUCAUCUCAGCUGAGGUACUAUAUCGAAAGGGACACAUGUUUUCGCUUUCAUCGGUUAAAGGGUCCAUUGUGGGACGAGUCUGGUUGGACGGACACGGUGUUGGGACAACACUAGGCUGAGCGAGCCGCUCAGGGUCUGUCCGUAAAGCUGAAACCGUCGGGAGCUAAUUCUGCAGUGAUGUAGGAUGCGAGGCCGUACAAGAUAAGACGAUGUAUCACUUCCGUUAUUCUAACAGUUGAUCGAAAAGAAAUGCGGGCACUAUAUAUCUACAGGAAUCUUCAAUUGUGAGCCCAGAAGGCACUACACCUGGAGUGACCUUUUGUUAAGCAUUUUACAUUGGAGGCGUACGGACAACAGUCUACAAUUGUCGCAACCCGCGUUUAAAGACAACAUAAACUCAUUGUGAUUUAAUUCAUUUUUGCUAAAAGAAAUGUCCAUUUAUAUCAUUACUCGAGAAACAUAACACCACGCUAUAGCACUGGCAGCAUGCAGAAUUAAGAUCGUGUACGGAAUUUACAAAGCGGUAGAGGAAUGAGCGCAGAAGCAGCUUGGCACGCAGCACCGCGGCCACAGAGACCGCGCAGGUCCCAUUCAGUGCCUCAUCGGCUGUUUUCACUCGGCAAGUAAACCCUCGUUUAACUUCUUCUUCAGAAUGAUACACUUGUGCAAGACUGUGACCCCCGAACGGCCCGGAGAACAACAAAAUAACUUAAGUGACCCGUCUGUUUGGUUGGGAUUGCGACACACACGCUAGUGAUUAACGCGCCCAUCUGCACGGCGCUUCACCUGCAGCGUUUCUGGACACCUGCAUGUGCUGCGGACAAGAUAUCUUCAGAACCUGCUCAGUCCCUCUGGCCCCUUCGAGCCCAGUGCCGCAAAUGUGACGAGCAAAACACGCCUUUACGAUAAGUCUCGUUCAUCAAAGCGGACUGCUGGACUAAAGAACAUGGCUUGUCUGCCCAUUUACUUGAACUCCGCUGUCUUCAUGCUGUUUGGCUGGGACGCCUGGUUAGUCACCGCAAAUCGACCCCGGUCCCCUGUCAAUGUGACUGUCACUCAGCUGAAAGCCGACUCUGCCACGGUGUCAUGGGACAUACCUGAGGGGGAUGUCAUCAUCGGCUACGCUAUCUCACAACAGAGACAAGAUGGCCAGAUGCAGAGGUUCAUCCGAGAAGUAAACACUACAAAUCGAGCUUGUGUCCUGUGGGAUCUCGAGGAAGACACCGAUUACAUCAUCCAGGUUCAGUCCAUUGGGCUCCAUGGAGAAAGCCAAGCUAGCAAGCGGGUUCAUUUUCGAACUUUAAAGGAGACGGACCGUUUCCCUUCCAACAGCUCCAACCAAGAUGAUCCAACAGUGCAGGGCCUCAACAAAUAUCGUCAGCUGCAGACUGGAGAGUUGAUGAUCAUUGUGGUGGUCCUCGUCAUGUGGGCAGCUGUGAUUGCUCUGUUUUGUCGGCAGUACGACAUCAUAAAGGACAAUGACUCAAACAACAACAAGGAAAAGGCCAAACCCUCCUCUGAACACAGCACUCCUGAAAGGCCAUCUGGAGGCAUCCUACGCAGCAAGUUUCAAAAAGCUCCAUCAAUCAAUAUAAUUGAAGUGUGACGGCACGAGGCUGAGCGAUCCUAAAGAGCAAGUCAAGAAGCCAAGCCAUCUCCUGCAGUUUGCCAACUCUCGGGACUCCCAUGAGAGAGAGGACCGACUCGGACUCGGAGCUUUUUUUUUUUUUCUCCUCCUUUUCAAAAUGCAUGUGUCCCCUUCCAAGCCAUUUGACUCUCAAAUAAAGAAAUGCAAGGAGCAGAAACGACUGACUGGGGUGGCCAAACGUGAGUCACAGCCUGCUGGCCCACCGGGGGAUUUUUUUAUUUUUUUUUUCAAAAAUACUAAAGAGGUGCACCAAUGGACCCACCGCACCACUUAGGGGCUGGUGGGACAAUCAGAGGAAGGAGUGCCUGCCAGUGUCCUGGGACAUGAACAGAUGGACAAACUGGGCCUAUUAUGGCCUUCUCCAAUGAUACUUGGGGGGGGGGAAACCAGAGAUUGGUGUCUUUAUCAGAUUAGAGGAUAGCCUUGGAUGUCAGAAAUAAAAAGUGGAAGGAGGGCCGAUAAAGAGAUCACUCGGUGGUACAUCAUGAAUGGACGACAUCAACAGAAACGGAACUCGUUUAUUUCUAAAGCCAUACUGAUGGCUUUCUGCAGACAUGACACUCCUUCUGUUUUCAAAGAGGCCGUCACAUUUUUG